UGAUCUAGUUUAUUGCAUCACUCUCUGUCUUCAACCAUUUCCAGCAUUUGGUUGCAAUACUCUCUUGUCCUUUCUUAGUUCAACAUUGAUAUUCCUCUCCAAUGGCUACCAUCAUUUUGAGGUCUAAUGAAGUGGUUCAUGCCUUGGGCUUGUUUUGCAUCUUGCUGUUGGUGCACAAGGGUGAUGCCUAUGAAUUUGUAGUUGGAGGGCAAAAGGGUUGGAGUAUCCCAAGUGACCCCAAUUCCAACCCUUACAGUCAAUGGGCACAAAAGAGCCGAUUUCAAGUAGGAGACUCCCUAGUGUUCAAUUACCCAUCUGGCCAAGACUCAGUGAUCCAAGUAAGUAGCCAAGACUAUGCAAGUUGCAACACUGAUGCAUACAGUCAAAAAUUCUCAGACGGCCACACAGUCAUCAAUCUCAACCAAUCAGGGCCUCACUUCUUCAUCAGUGGAAACAAAAACAGCUGUCUCAAAAAUGAGAAGCUGGUGGUGAUUGUGCUGGCAGACAGGAACAACAAAAACACAAACCAAACAAGCCCUCCCUCUCCUAAUUCUCCUUCUCCUUCUCCUUCACUUUCAACACAGUCAUUGGCUCCUUCACCAGCACCUUCUCAGCAAGUGGCUCCACCUCCACUUUCUCCAGUGGCAGCUCCUCCUCAGCAAGAGGCUCCUUCUCCACCAUCUCCAGCCACAAAUAACCCCACUCCAGCUCCUGUUAGUGAUCAACCUUCUCCUCCUUCUCCUCCUCAUAAUGCUGCUUCUUCAAUCUUGGUCAACUUUGCUUGUUCUGUUGGAGCGUUCAUUGCUUCAGUUCUGGUUUUUUCUUUCUGAGUGGAGUGUAUGUGAUAUGAGUGGUUCAGUAUAAUUUUUUAAUUUUUUUCCACAUUUUUCUUAAUUUUUUAUGGAUUCUUAUACUUUGAGUUCAGUAUUAUUAAACUGGCCUUUUGGUCCAAAGUUGGGAUGCUAUUUGAUAUUUGUUUGUGAAAACUGAGAAAUAAGCUGACAAUAUAUGUACCCUUUUGUGUGCUUCUUACUUGAUGAUUGUAAUUUGUAAGAAUAUAUUCUAUACGUUGAACUUUAAAUAAAUAAAACCAUUUUUAAUUGUAA